GGGGAACACCGGGCUAUUCUCGCUGAGGGUUCCUGGUGGCGCAGGUUGUCCGUGUGUUUGCAAGCGUGUGUCUGCUAAGUUCUCCGGGCUAGGGGUGCUUCAUGAGGGGCCGCAGGGGCGACCGCAUGGCCAUCAACAUCCAGGAGCACAUGGCCAUCAACGUGUGCCCGGGGCCCAUCCGGCCCAUCCGCCAGAUCUCCGACUACUUCCCCCGCCGGGGACCUGGCCUCGAAGUGGGUGGCGGGGGCUUCGGAGAGGCCCCUGCUCAUCUGGCCCCCCUGGCCCUGGCCCCACCGGCGGCCCUCCUUGGGGCCACCACGCCUGAGGAGGGAGCCGAGGUGGACAGCUACGACUCAGAUGAUACCACUGCCCUGGGCACCCUGGAGUUUGACCUUCUCUACGACCAGGCUUCCUGCACUCUGCACUGUAGUAUCCUCAGGGCUAAGGGCCUCAAGCCCAUGGAUUUCAAUGGCCUGGCCGACCCCUAUGUCAAGCUGCACCUGCUGCCUGGAGCCUGCAAGGCCAAUAAACUAAAAACUAAGACUCAGAGGAACACGCUGAAUCCCGUGUGGAACGAGGACCUGACGUAUAGCGGGAUCACGGUUGAUGACAUCACGCACAAGGUGCUCAGGAUCUCUGUCUGUGAUGAAGACAAGCUGAGCCACAACGAGUUCAUCGGGGAGAUCCGAGUACCCCUCCGCCGCCUCAAGCCUUCACAGAAGAAGCAUUUUAACAUCUGCCUGGAGCGCCAGGUUCCGCUGGCCUCACCCUCUUCCAUGUCUGCGGCGCUGAGGGGCAUCUCCUGUUACCUGAAGGAGCUGGAGCAGGUGGAGCAGGGGCCCGGGCUGCUGGAAGAGCGUGGGCGCAUCCUGCUGAGCCUCAGCUACAGCUCUCGGCGCCACGGGCUGCUGGUGGGCAUCGUGCGCUGCGCCCACCUGGCUGCCAUGGACGUCAAUGGCUACUCCGACCCCUAUGUCAAGACGUACCUGAGGCCAGAUGUGGAUAAGAAAUCCAAGCAUAAAACAUGCGUGAAGAAGAAGACUCUCAACCCGGAAUUUAAUGAGGAGUUCUUCUACGACAUGGAGCUCUCCACUCUGGCCACCAAGACCCUGGAAGUCACAGUCUGGGACUAUGACAUCGGCAAAUCCAACGACUUCAUCGGUGGCGUGUCCCUGGGGCCAGGCGCCCGGGGAGAGGCCCGGAAGCACUGGAGCGACUGUCUGCAGCAGCCGGACACAGCCCUGGAGCGCUGGCACACUUUGACCAGCCAGCUGCCCCCUGCGGCCGGGGCUCUGCCCUCAGCCUGA